AUAACGAUUGGUUAAUUGUUUUCAUAUUUGAAAUAUAAUUCAGAUUGACCAAUCAGAUCAUCAUUUACAACUAACUAUUCUCCAAGUGUCUAGAAACGGUAAUCACGCACGUGGAUAGUCCACGUGUACUAAGUCUUGGUUGGACGAAAGAAAGAAAAAAAAAAAAAAAAAAGGCGAAGGGUCCAAGUUUCUCGACUGCGUCGGCGAUUAGAAUCGAGGGUGGUCCGUUCGAUGACGUGUCAUUAAUUCAUUCCAUCUAACUGGCCUCUAAAUACUUUAUAAUCUAUCAAAGAUGGCUGGACAAAUAAUCAGGAUUUGUUUAGCAUUUUGUAUUUUUAGUUUAAUAGUAGCAAUUCCUAAACCAGAAGAAGGAAAGAAAACUAGAGAUCCAUUAAGCAAUGAGAAACAUUAUGGAGACAAUGAUGAACACAAUACUGUUUAUGAUCACGAAGCAUUUUUGGGAGAAGACGAAGCUAAAUCAUUUGAUAAUUUAAGUCCUGAAGAAAGCAAGGAAAGAUUGAGUAAAAUUGUUGACCAAAUUGAUAAAGAUAAGGACCAGUUUGUUACACAGAAAGAGUUGGAUGAAUGGAUUCAGUAUACACAAAAGCGUUAUAUAAGGAAUGAUGUCGAGAGACAGUGGAAAGCUCACAACCCUGAUGAUAAGGAAAUGUUAACUUGGGAAGAUUAUAAAAAUAUCACUUAUGGUAACUUAGAUGAAACGGAUGAUGAUCCACAAGAUGAAAAUGCAAUAUCGUACAAAGAAAUGAUAAAGAGAGAUAAAAGGCGAUGGAAACUUGCUGACAAAAAUGGAGAUGAAGCAUUGGAUAAAGAAGAAUUUGGAGAUUUCUUACAUCCAGAGGAAGCCCCACACAUGCAUGAUAUAGUUUUAACUGAAACAUUAGAAGACAUUGAUAAGGAUAAAGAUGGAAAAAUUUCCUUAGAAGAAUAUAUAGGUGAUAUGUUUGGUGGAGCAGAAAAUCCAGAUGACGAGCCUGAUUGGGUGAAAAAUGAACGUGAGCAGUUCACCAAUUACAGGGAUAAAGACAAGGAUGGAUACUUAGACAGGGAAGAAAUAAGACAGUGGAUACUUCCACCUGAUUAUAAUCAUAGCGAAGCAGAAGCGAGGCAUCUAAUAUAUGAAUCUGACAUAAAUAAAGAUGGAAAACUUACAAAGGAGGAGAUCUUGGAAAAAUAUGAUGUCUUUGUAGGAAGUCAGGCCACAGAUUUUGGUGAAGCUUUAACUGCCACUCAUGACGAGUUUUAAUUUAAUAAAUUUUAUUAUUUUUUUUAAAAAAA